CUGCCUCCCCCUAAGUCUCCCCCGUCUCCUCAGUCCUCCCCCCUCCUCCUCCGGGGGAAGCGCGCGCUGCCAGAGCAGGCGGAGUCGGAAACGCGCAGCAGCGUCGGUCCGUCGUGUCUGCGGCUCCGCGGCUUCUCUCGUCUCUCUUUCGGCUGUCGGAUCCUCCAGGGAGCGGCUUCAACUCCCAGUCCGCAGGAAAGCGGCGGAUCUUCGGCCCCACGGACGGACGGACACGGCGGGCAGCGCGGCGGGGACAGACCCGACUCGGCUCGGCUCGGCUCUUCCUCCCCCCGCUGCGGUGGAAAAACCCGGACGGAGGCCCGCAGUGUGCGCUCAGCCUCCCGCAGGCCUCCGGCCCGGACUCCCGCUUUUCUACCGGAAAAUGGACGGAUUCACCGGCAGUUUAGAUGACAGUAUGUCUGGAGCGAGUGUCUCAGAUGUCAACGACCGUCUUUCUGCUCUGGAGCUUCGUGUUCAGCAGCAGGAAGACGAGUUGACAGUGAUGAAAGCUGCUCUUGCUGACGUCCUUCGCCGCCUCGCUGCCUCUGAAGUCUCUGCUGCCUCCUCAACCAAGAAACAACAUGGAGGGAAAGGCGGUGCUGCACUGCGGGAAGCCUACUCGAUGUCCUGUAUCGCUAACGGAGGAACAUCUGGACGAAAGAGAGACUCCACCUCCGUCACCAGGAAGGAGACGGUGUCGUCCGCCGCCAAAAGUGGAGCGGACAGGAAGAAGGAGACCAGCAGCCAGCGGUCUCUGAUGGAGGAGAUCCAGGAGCAUGAGGAGUCUCCUCGCCCAAAGGACCCGUCCCCCUCGCCCUCCUCCCCCCACCCUCCCCAGACCCCUCAGACCCCCCAGACCCCCCAGAGACCGGCCCAGUCCGCUGACAGCAGUAAAGGCCACGCCCCUCCCAAAAGGGGACCCAGUGUGAAGCGGUCCUCAGGUAUGGAGCGUUCUCAGAGCAGCACCUGGGACAGUUCAGAGGAAAACAGGAACAAACUGGUGAAAGCUGCCUCCACCUCUAAACUGCUGGCCAAAGUGGUCAAGAACGCUGAGAGACACAAAGACCCGGUGGUCAGUCAAGCCAAAAUGUCGACCCGAGAGAAAAACAGCCAAGCUGAGGGGAAUCACAUUAAGAUGUUCAUGCGUGGUCGACCGAUAACCAUGUUCAUCCCUUCAGAUGUGGACAACUACGAGGACGUUCGUACAGAACUUCCUUCAGAAAGACUCAAGCUAGAAUGGGUGUACGGUUACCGCGGCAGAGACUGCAGAGCGAACGUCUACCUCCUUCCAACUGGAGAGAUUGUUUACUUCAUCGCCUCUGUAGUUGUUCUGUUUAACUACGAUGAACGAACUCAGAGACAUUACCUCGGCCACACCGACUGUGUCAAGUGUUUGGCCAUCCAUCCUGAUAAGAUCCGGAUCGCUACAGGACAGAUUGCAGGAGUGGACAAAGACGGACGGGCACUGCAGCCUCACGUUCGUAUCUGGGACAGCGUCAGUCUGUCGACUCUGCAGGUCGUCGGUUUGGGAACAUUCGAGCGAGGCGUCGGCUCUCUGGCUUUCUCCAAAGCUGACUCUGGUCAGCACCUGAGUGUUAUUGACGACUGUAACGAUCACAUGCUGACAGUGUGGGAUUGGCAGAAGAAGUCAAAGGUCGCUGAGAUCAAGACCACUAACGAGGUGGUCCUGGCCGUGGAGUUCCACCCCACUGACCCGAACACCAUCGUCACCUGUGGAAAGUCUCACAUCUUCUUCUGGACCUGGACUGGGACUUCGCUGGCUCGUAAACAGGGAAUCUUUGGGAAAUAUGAGAAGCCAAAGUUUAUUCAGUGUCUGGCCUUCCUGAGUACUGGAGACAUCCUGACAGGAGACUCUGGAGGAGUCCUGCUGGUCUGGACCAGGAGCUCAGCUGAGACCCCAACCGGGAAGGGACCCAGAGCGUUUCAGAUCAGUCGGCAGGUCAAAGGUCACGAGGGCAGCGUGUUCUGUAUGUGUGAGAUGAGGAGCGGCACUCUGCUGACUGGAGGAGGAAAAGACCGAAAAAUCAUCCUGUGGGACCACGAACUGAGAGCUGACCGAGACAUCGAGGUCCCGGAUCAGUACGGAACCAUCAGAGCGGUGUCUGAGGGGAAGGGGGAUGAGUUUCUAGUCGGGACAUCUCGUAACUUCAUCCUGAGAGGAACCUUCAACGAUGGCUUCCUGGUGGAGGUCCAGGGUCACACAGACGAGCUGUGGGGUUUGGCGUCUCACCCGUCCAGAGAGAUGUUUCUGACGUGUGCUCAGGACCGGCUGGUCUGCCUCUGGAACUCGGUGGAUCACAGUCUUCAAUGGAGCCGCACGCUGGAGGAACAUGGACACUGUGCAGACUUCCAUCCCAGCGGAGCCGUGGUUGCCAUAGGAACACACUCAGGAAAGUGGUACGUUCUCGACGCUGAGACCACCGACCUGGUGGCAAUCCACACCGAUGGAAACGAGCAGCUGUCAGUGAUGCGCUUCUCUUUAGAUGGCGGUCUGUUGGCUGUUGGAUCUCAUGAUAACUUUAUUUACCUCUACACCGUCUCCGACAGAGGACGCAAGUACAGCCGAUACGGGAAGUGCACCGGACAUUCCAGCUACAUCACACACCUAGACUGGUCACCUGACAACAAUUUCAUCAUGUCCAACUCUGGAGACUACGAGAUCCUCUACUGGGACGUUCCAAACGGUUGUAAACUGAUCAGGAAUCGUUCAGAGUGUAAAGACAUCGACUGGGCGACGUACACCUGCGUACUGGGAUACCACGUGUUCGGUGUGUGGCCGGAGGGUUCAGACGGCACCGACAUCAACGCUCUGAUCAGAUCUCAUAACAGGAAGGUGAUCGCUCUGGCUGACGACUUCUGUAAAGUUCACCUGUUCGCCUACCCAUGCUCCACCCCCAAGGCUCCCAGCCAUAAAUACAGUGCACACAGUAGUCAUGUGACCAACGUCAGCUUCCUGUAUAAAGACAGUCACCUGAUCUCGACGGGGGGGAAGGACACCAGCAUUAUGCAGUGGCGUUUGGUGGAGAAAUCUUCGCUCUCUCUCACCGAUGGCCUCCUCUCUAACUCCGCCCCCCACCGGGCGGACCCUCUCUUCACUCCGCCCCCUCCCGCCACAGCCACACCAAUGCAAGAACCCGCCCCUCCCCCGACUGCCAACGGGACCCAAGAACCCUCCCCGGACACCCCGCCCCCCACAGAGCUAGCACCACCCAUCACUGAGUUAACCCCGCCCUAUUCAGAGUCGACCCCGCCCCCCUCUGACAGCACGGUGAGCCUGAAGGACAGCCUGGAGCCGAGCGACGACACCGCUACGCCCAGCGACGAGGGGCUGCCUCCCCUCACCCCCCCCUCAUAGACAGAGAGAGUCCGUGUGAGUGUUGGUACAGCUAUCUUUGUGAGGACCAGGCUGAGUUUUACAGCUUGUGAAGCCAUUUUUGUGAGAACAUUUUGGUUGGUCUUUACUUUUUGUCGGACCUCUGAAUUUCUGUUUGAGGGUUCAGACUUAGUUUUAAAGUUAGAAUCAGGUUUAGGUUCAAUUUAGGAUAAGGAUGGGGUUAGGCAUUUAUCUGUGAUGGUUAAAUAAGAGUUAAUACGAUACAUAACUCAAUGUUUUUGUAUCAAAUAUGAAGACACAGACAUGAAACACUUGAUAUCAUUCAGUGUGACUCACACUUCCAGAGGACAUCAUUAUCUCUGAUGUCCGUCCAGAAUAAACCUCCGGAAAUUCACUUAGAGAUCAGAGAAAAAAGAUGCUGCAGAACCUGCCUGAGAAUCUAAUCCGGUGAUAGUUGUCUGGACAUCCACGGGUCCACUGCAGACAGGAGCUGCUGACAGCUGAUUCAGCUGCUGUUAAUGGGGACAAUUUGACUAACUGUAAAAAAUAAAAAUAAAAUAGAAUCAAGAGCUCUCAGUGGUCGUGGUGUAAUGGUAGUUUUAGGGGGCUAGGGCAUGCAUUAUGUCAAUAAGGGUCCUCACAGGUAUAGAAGUACAAAUGUGUGUGUGUGUUAUCACUCGUUCCUGUGGCUGCAGAGUCGCAUGGUUUUUCUCAUCAAUCAGCUGUUAAAAUAAACCUUCCUUCAGUUUGAACAAUCAUGUGAUGUCACAGUUUGAAACACCUGGAGAGUCCUGAUUUACCUGAGCAGAGACUGGAUGAGACUAAUGAAAAAUAUGAUUAUUGGUUCCUAACAAUUAUUGCUAAAAGGAAUCAUGUAAGAUGAGCUGCAGACUGUAAAUUGUCAAAACUUUAAACAGAAACACUGAUUGGAUUAAUUCAUUCAUGCGACUCGACUUUUUUGCGCUUUUAUUUUAUGAAACCACCAAACUCAACACUUCUGAGAGAUGUUUCACAAUAAAAGCCCAGGAGAUCGAGAUCAAGGCUGAAGUUAAACUCACACUGAAAACAGGAAACGGGAAGUAAAUAGGUGGAAAUAGGACGUAAAGUGGAAAUAUGACCUCCAGAGUAAAAACUGUGACUGAAAUGUUUUUUAAUAAUCAGAAUCCAGAGUUGACAGAGAAGUGGAUCCGAGUGAGACGUUGCUCUUUGACAGAGGAUCUGUGUUUGUAUAUGCUGCAGAUAUCUGUGUGUAUAUUUCUGUUCACCACCAGGGGACAGCAGCUCCUCAGUUACACUGUAAAAGUACUCAGCCGCCAUCACAUUCAACACUCACAUCUCUCAGCCAAUCAGGUCACAGGAAACACAUGAAAUUCUCUCCUCUGAUUGGCUGUUUUUCAGUGACUCAUUGAAUGACUGCUGAUGAUGUUUGUUUUUGUCUCUUCUGGACCAUUUCUGUUCAAAAUGUUUUUGGGGAGGGGGGUCAUUCAUGUUUUUGCCUUUUUAAUACUUCUCAUCUUUAAUACUUUCAUCUUUUCUACGCUUGUCUCUCUGAAGGGCUUGUACAGAGUUCAGGGACUCGCCUGGAUGUUCAGGGAGGGGCGGGGUUACGGGAGGUGCGGGGUCUUGUGGGAGUUUCUGGAUUAAAGUGUUUAUUUUUCAGCGAUCAGUAACGACAUUGAUACCCAUAAUGAUGAUGAUGAUGUUCAUGUGACUGUUUUGAGCCAAUUAUGUCUUCUCUCAUGCAUUCCUGUCAGACGACAGACUGUACUGAAGAUUUCAACAAAAAAAUGCAAAUAAAUGUUUUGAAAACUGA